AUGAGUUUCACUCCACCUCCACCACCUGUGUUCACUGGAGAAAACUAUCACAUUUGGAUAGUUAAACUGAAGACAUACCUCCAGGCAUAUGAUCUGUGGAGUGUGAUCGAAAAUGAAGCUGAACCACCUCCAUUGAGAGCCAAUCCCACCAUUUUUAAAAUAAGGCAGCAUACUGAGGAGCGAGCCAAGAAGCACAAGGCUAUGACCUGUUUACAGAAUGGAGUGUCUGAUGUGAUCUUCACUCGCAUCAUGGCCUGUGACUCACCUAAGCAGGCAUGGGAGAAGCUGAAGGAGGAGUUCAUGGGGACUGACAAAACGAGGCAGCAGCAAGUGAUCAAUCUCAGGAAAGACUUUGAGAAUUUGAGGAUGAAAGAGUCUGAGACCAUCAAGCAGUGCCCAGAUAGAAUAGUGGCCAUUUUCAAUAGCAUAAGGCUCCUGGGAGUGGACUUCACUGAGAGCAGAGUUGUUGAAAAAUUCAUUACAACCCUCCCUGAGAAAUUCGAGUCAAAGAUCUCUUCACUUGAGGACUCGAGGGACUUAUCAGCCAUCUCAUUGUCUGAGCUGAUAAACUCACUGUAUGCACUUGAGCAAAGGAGAGCAAAUAGAUAG